AUGGUACCAUUUGCACUAGGAACUGAGGUGGCCGAAGUUGAACCUAUUAAACACAGGGUAUAUGACGGGCUACUUUUUCCAUUCGAAAAACUUGAAGCACUCGAAGAGUCUGUGCUUUGUCCUCUGAGCACAGAAAUUUUCUCUCUACCCCCAGAAGAACAUCCCACAGAGAGUAGCAGAGAAGCUAUACCUUCCCAACUUCUCAUUGUGUCGAAGGAAUUCAAUCCUCCAGAUCCCAAUAUCGCUGCCUCUGAAGUCUCAAAAGAAGUCCUGACGGAUCACAAGGUUCCGGUACCUCCCAAAAACCGCAGAUACAGAUCUGGAAACACUCCUGCUCAGAUCUCUGUCACGCACAACAUUUUCAGACAUGUAAACAGUCCAUUACCUCCAAUCUACAACAGAGACAGCAUAAAUGGAAAUUCCAUUCUUCCUCCCCUUAAGCUGACUCAUAUUGGCAUAACCAAUCUUUUGGUACGCAUCAUUCAAUCUGGCCAACAAUCAUUCGACAAGAUCCGAUUUUACAGCCGCACCAUAUAUUUCACUUCUUUGGGAACCAAGAUUUGCGAGACUAUUACAAAAAACAUUGGUGGUGCAUACAACCACCAUAUCCAUGGCCCUUAUCUAUCACACUAUUGGGUCAAGCAUUUCAAGGACACAAACCAAGAUAAUCCAUCCCAAUCUCAGGCAAUUCUCUUGGAGAUCAAUCCAUCUUUUUCUACCUUCCAUCCCAUAGAUAAGAUUGCACGUGAGAAUGGUGGAACAGCUGAUCUGCCAUUUCAUUUUGUGACUGAAGGACCACAAGUCCAACAAUUAUAUAAGGAGCUCAAUGUUGAGGAAGCACCAGUAUUGAUCAUUUUCCAUAAGGCCAAUAGUUAA